GUAAAGUUUGCGUCACCGCAGUGGGGGUCCUUCAGCGGAACCGCUGCGGGUGCGCACGCACAGAUCAGGCAGGUGUGCGACGCGCCUUUCCUCCUCAGCGCUCCCGAGCUGGAGAUGAAGAGGGUGGGGGCGCGUGAUAGAGCCCUCCCCUCGCAGACAUCUCCAUGGAUCCACUCCUUCAUAACUCAACUCGUCUCCAGCUCCGCGCAGACGGCCCAAGUGUCCGAACCGGGCUGCGCCAGGGAGGCGCUCUGAGUUGAACCUCCCGUAUUCAUUUAGUUAUUUUUAAUUUCCCCAACUAUUUUAAUAAGUCGUGCUAGUGAGACGCCCUUUCAGAGGAGGCACGCGCUCUCCAUGUGAGAGUCUCCCGGUCGCCCAGCGCACCCCCACGCCCGCGCCGGUGAUGCCAUGCCGCGAAGCUCCACCGGCGAGGAGGGCGGCGGUCCGGGGCUCUGGAUGAAGACCGCGGCGGGAAAGCUAGCGCAGGAGUACCCCCUGAAGGAUGUGGAGUCCGGCGGGAGGGCGAUGAACAGCGCGGGGCGGGCCGGGGACGCGCUGCUGCGCCCCGGGGCGGCAGGUGCGGCGGGGCCGGACAGGAAGCAGGGUGCGCGGCUCAGCCUGCUGGGGAAGCCGCUGACGUACAGCGCGCAGAGCGGCCGCAGGAACGCGCGCUAUCGCCGGCUGCAGAAUUACCUCUACAACGUGCUGGAGAGACCCAGGGAGUGGGCUUUCAUCUACCACGCGUUUGUGUUCAUCCUGGUGUUUGGAUGUCUGGUUCUCUCUGUGUUUUCCACUAUUCCUGCACACCAGGAAUUCUCCUCACACUGCCUGCUGAUCCUGGAGUUUGUAAUGAUCGUGGUGUUUGGCCUGGAGUACAUCUUCAGGAUAUGGAGCGCUGGCUGCUGCUGCCGCUAUCGAGGCUGGCAGGGACGCCUCCGCUUCGCCAGGAAGCCCUUCUGUGUCAUCGACAUCAUCGUCCUCAUCACCUCGGUUGCUGUGGUUUCAGCCGGUAGCCAAGGUAACGUGUUUGCCACCUCAGCGCUGCGCAGCCUCCGCUUCCUUCAGAUCCUGCGCAUGGUGCGGAUGGACCGCAGGGGGGGCACCUGGAAGCUGCUGGGGUCUGUGGUUUAUGCUCACAGUAAGGAGCUGGUGACAGCUUGGUACAUCGGGUUCCUGGUGCUGAUCUUCUCCUCCUUUCUUGUGUAUUUGGUGGAGAAAGAGUUCAACAAGGACUUUGAUACCUACGCCGAUGCUCUGUGGUGGGGAACGAUUACCCUCACAACCAUCGGCUACGGCGAUAAGACGCCGCAGACCUGGACAGGACGCUUGUUAUCUGCCGGCUUUGCUCUUCUGGGGAUUUCUUUCUUCGCCCUGCCAGCUGGAAUCCUGGGCUCAGGUUUUGCCCUGAAGGUGCAGGAGCAGCAUCGGCAGAAGCACUUCGAGAAGCGAAGGAACCCGGCCGCCAGCCUCAUCCAGUGUGUCUGGCGUAGUUACGCUGCUGAUGAGAACUCGGUUUCCAUCGCAACCUGGAAGCCUCAUUUGAAGGCGCUGCAUACCUGUAGCCCCGCAAAGAAAGAGCAGGGCGAGCCCACCUACAGUCAGAAGCUGAGCUUCAAGGAGCGGGUCCGGAUGGCGAGCCCUCGAGGUCAGAGCAUGAAGAGCAGGCAGACCACCAUCAGCGACCGCCAGCGCUGUUCACCGGGCAGCGAGGUGGUGGGUAGCAACGAGCUCAUGAGCGGGAGUCCUGCCAAAGUCCAGAAGAGCUGGAGCUUCAACGACCGCACCCGAUUCAGGCCGUCGCUGAGGCUGAAGAGUCAGGCCCGCAAUGCCGCCCCAGACGUGGAUGGAGGCAUGGCCACGGAGGACUCGUUUGACGAGAGAGGCUGCCACUGCGACGUGACGGUGGAGGAUCUCUCCGCUCCUCUGAAGGCGGUGAUCAGAGCCGUCAGAAUCAUGAAAUUCCAUGUGGCUAAGAAGAAGUUCAAGGAGACGCUGCGUCCAUACGACGUGAAGGACGUGAUCGAGCAGUACUCUGCAGGACACCUGGACAUGUUGUGCCGCAUCAAGAGCCUUCAGACCAGGGUUGACCAGAUUCUGGGAAAAGGCCAGAUUCCCGUGGAUAAGAAACCUCGGGAUAAGUUGCAUCCGGAUGGAGACUCUCUGGAGGGCAUGAGCAUGCUGGGACGUGUCUGCAAGGUGGAAAGACAGGUGUCUUCCAUUGAGUCCAAGCUGGACUCUUUACUAGACGUUUACCGGCAGGUCCUGCAGAAAGGCUCCUCGGGACUCUCGUCUCUGCCGCUCUUUGAGCUGGAGAACCACCAGCGCCGCGGGUCGGACUUCCCGCUCUCCCCUCACAGGGGCGAUGGUGUCAGAAGUCGGGGCGAUGUGGGUGGCAUGCAGCGCUCCCUCAGUGCCAGCCCCCGUGGCCUGCGCCUCAUUCUGGCGCCAGCCGACGACGACUGCCCUCCGGACUCCGAACCUCCCUCCUACCCCCCAUCAACAACCUCGCUGUCGCCCUCCCCACUGCUCCCCCCGGACAGUCCAUACCCCACUCUGGUGACUCCUUCUAAAAAGUCACAGUUUCCUGACCUGCCACCCCCGCCUUCUUCGUCAGGGAGCUUUACUCUCCAGCUGCCCCCCAUGAUGCCCCCCUCUCUGCGCGGCCCCGUUCAGCCCGUUUCUGAUGAGGUGACGGAUGAGAGCAGUCUGGCACCUCCUGUUGUCGUGAGAUGCAGUGUUGACGAUGAUGACGACGAGGAUGACGAUCAGGAGGUGGAGAGCGGCACCGGCUCCACAGAGGGGCGGGUCCAGCUGCGGAAGAAGCCCCCCCUCAAGUCCGAGGGGCUCUGGAGGAGGCACCUGAGCCUGGAGGCCAACCCCUUAAAGCUGCUCUCCUCCAGCCAGGAGGCGGGGCCCGCUGACUGGGCCGACUGCCUGGGCAAGUCUCUCUCAGUGCACAACCUCAGCCAGCCUCUGAGCAACCCCCGCCUCUCCUCCGCCCUCGACAACAGCAUCAGCAGCAGCAACGGGAGCGAGCAGGGCAACAAUCAACUCAGCAGCUGGGGAGGGACAGACUUCUUCAACAGUGAGUCCAACCUGGAGGAGGAGUUACAGACCGGAGAGGAGGCGGCUCCUCACGCCAACGGGCAGCAGGAUUUCCUGAAUCAGUCCCCACACAUCCAGUUGGUGUGAGAAUCAAACUCUUGCCGCUGCAGCUGCUUCACAUACUCCGUUUUCACAGUGGGGAACUUUGUGACGCUGUGAGACAUGAAUGUGCUCUUCAUCACCCCACUCAUGUCUUCAACGAUGCACCCCAGUGACUUCUGCCAAACUCAGAAUGUCAACUUUUGAAUGCAAGUUUUUAUGUUGCACAACACAAAAGAAACAAACAAAUUUUUUAAUGUUUUUUUUUCCCUUAACAAUACUUUAUUAAACUUUUUUAUGCAAAACAGAUCGUUGAGGUCAGGGGUGUCCAAACUUGAGAACACACACUAGUGUUGGGAGGAGUGGAAUUGACCCAAGCUUUCACUUUCGAACAUGUAGACGUGAUUUGGCUUGUCCUAAGCUCAUUGAUGCGACGGUUGAAGAGAAAAUAAACCCACACAUCUUCAUGUUUAAACAAGACUACAACAGUGAUCCCAAGUUUCUUUGCCCCUAACAUUUUUCUCUAUGCAGAAAAAUAAGUUUAACUAAUUGUGUCUGAAUGCUAGAUCAUAAAAGGCUACAUACCCUGAAAUGUUGGUAACAGUAACAUUACAGCUGAAGCAUCAUUUGAAACAGAUUAGCUAAAAAAUAAGAUAAGGCAGAGAAAAAAAAUGAAAGCCAUCUGAAAAGUUAAGAUAAAAGCUAAGUCUAUUAUUAACAGGGAAGCUUGAAAAAAUCUGAACGAUGCUGAAAUGUUCAUAAAUCAUAAAAAGACAAAAAAAAAAUGUAAACAGAAAUUAAUGCAAAAAGUCUCAACUGAAAUAUUAAUUACUAUAUUUGCUGAAGAAUGAAGCAAAGGCCAAAAAAUAACAGCUGAAUAAUGCUAAUAUGUUUAGGUAACUGCUAAAAGGACAAAACACUUUGUGAAAAAACUAGCAUAAGAAGCAGAGAAGUCAUGAAUUUUUUUUGCUAGAAGUGCCACCAUAAUACUAAAUAAAUCCUAAAAGGGUAAACACUAAAUGCUCAAUUAAAUUAUAUUAAUGUAAAAAUGGUAGAAAUUAACAAUUUUGUGCUAGAAGAACCAACUUCAGAGCUAAAUGCUACAUUUUCUGAAGAGUGUGACAGCAGUAUAAAUCAAAGCCUGAACAAUCCUUAAAUUAUCUAAUACACUAUAUGAUAAUUAAGCUAAAACGAAUGCAAAAAAGUAGAAAAGUAACAGUUUUCUGCUAGAAGUGCCAACUAAAAUGCUAAAUGCAACAUUUUCUGAAGAAUGUGACAGGAUUCUGAAGUAAAAGCUACGCAAAAUUCCUCAAAAAGCUAACUAAGAAAAUGGAUAACCAAAAACAUAACGUUAAAAAUGUUGGAAUAAAGGCGAAAUGAUUAAUAUGAGAAAUGAAAACAAAGUACAGAAAAUAAUCUUAAAAUCCUUUUUUUCAGAAUUAACUUUGAUCAUUUAAAUAACAUUAGCCUAAGAGAUAAAAAAAAGAAAGCAGAAGAAUGAAAAAAAGAAAAACAUGAACGGAUUUAGAACCAUGAAAACCCAAAGCAAAAACUUUAAGUGAAAUGGUAAGUUAGUAUUUGAGAAAGAAAAUAAAAUACCAACAUGCUUUCACGUCGAAAACUGUUAAACUAAUCAAAUAAUUGUAAAGCAUUUUAGAAAACAAAUAAUUCAUUUUAAGAAAUAAAAAAAAUAAAAAGCAAGAAAAUCUAAAAGCACCCCUGGGGUGAAGAAAAAUUCUGUAAAGUUGUAUUUAUCUAUACACAUACAGAAUUUUGUCACAAGCUGUUCACAAAGUUUAAAUGACCUCUUCAUGAAUAAAGCUAACACAGAUUCCUGUCAAACAAAACUGCCUUUGUCAAUAGAAUACAAAGUGCAACACAUUUAUUAUUAUUUUUUAUUGUGGAAAACUUCUAAUUUCCACCUAAUACUACAACCAAAUAAAUGUUUGCUUUUAAUGAGUUCUGUUCUGUUCGUUUGGACACCCCUGAUUCAUUUCAUCACAGCUGUGAGGAGGUGGCGUGUUCCAAACACAAAAACUCCAGAGUUUUCCUCACAAAACUAAAACAAGGAAUAGAAACAAAAUAUAUUUUUUGCAUCAUAUAGAAAGUUAGGAAUUGAAAGAGAGAUUGUGGUUUUUAGCUCAAACACUAAUACCUGCAUGGACAGUCUCAACACCUGAACAUAUCAUGAAAGGGGUGUGGCCUUCAGAGAUCAAAGGAGCUAAGAGGAUAUCAAUGGAAAUUUUAGGAUGCAUGCCUCUCUUUUAUUCAUCUUUAUUGCUUUUUUACUUAAAUCUAUUAACUUGUUUUUCUUUUGAUAAAGAUACAUCACCUUUAUUUUUGGUUUGCUUAUCUGCUGUUAGUUUAAAGCACCUCAAACUGGGAAUGGUUUCUGCUGCUUUCAAAAUUAGAACAAACGCUAACCUGCAACAAAUGGCUACAGCGUGUCUCCUCAACCAAACAUGACAAAAAAGCGAAGCUGCAUGUCUGCAGAUGUUAAGAGUAAAGACAUGACUCCUUUUUCCUUGUUUUUUUCCAUUUACUUUAAAGUCUAACACAUCAAAGGGACAUCAAAGAAACAUCAAAGGAACAUCAAAGGAGCUUCCCCCAAUUUUAGGAGCCAACUUUAGAGAUGGAAAGUAAAAAUUAGUUUUACAGAUCAGUGGUGCUGGUCUGCAACAGUAAAAACUCAGUUUCUCUUCAUUAGAUUAACUUACUUUGUUUUUACUUGCAGGCUUUAAAAAUAUUUAACAAAAUAAAGUUUUAUUUGCUUGUAUGAUUGAUUGUUAUGCAAAAACUGUUUUAGCAAUCAUUUUUAUGCAGUCACAACAGUCUUAAACAUGUUUUUCAUUGUGUUUCUUCUUUUUUUUUACAAGCAUUAUUAUCAACAUGAUUUUCUGACUUGUUUAGCAAAUUAGGGCUGCAGAAAAUGAACAUUUUUCUAACAAAUUGCAAAAUAUCUUAAUUUUCUUUAACUUGAUCAUGAAAUCAAAAUAUUUUGUCAUUAAAGGAAAUUCCUGUAUGUUGCAGCUCAAAACAUUUUGUUGCAUAUUUAAACCUUAAAUAUAAGGAAAAGUCCCCUUUCUUACCGUAGAAAUAAAACAUUUUUUGCCAUUAAAUUGCUAAAGGGUGCCUUUUCUAGUUUUUAAGAAUCCUCCUAUGUUCUCAAAGAGUUAUGAGUCUGAAAAUCCUCAUGAUGCUGUAAUAAGAUCGGAUUGUUGUGUUUUUGAAGGACAUCAUUGGCCUUGAACGGCUUCUAAUGUUCUUUCUCUACUGCUUGAAAAGUAAUUUGUGACACAGCUAGCCUUAAAGCUUGAUAAUGUUAACAUAUUUCUUUGAAAUUAAUUUAUUACAGAGCACAUUUUGUUCCCUAAAUGAGAAAUGCAAAAAUAAUUUUAUUAUUCAUUAUUAAAGUAAAGACUCAA